AGCGAGGCCCCGAAGUGUGGGAUGCUGCGGUUUGACGCCAUGGAUCCGUCUCCAUCGUCAUCGCGUUCCAGCACCCACCUGCGCCCAAAGAGAAUGGCCACGGUGGCGAAUUUGGGCACGGACCGCAUGUCCAUGGGGCUGGGGACCCGUUCCAGCCGACUUUGCCAUUUCGAAGAACACUUGGAUCAAAGCCUGGCCCAUUUAAAGGAGCAGGUCCUUCGCGCACAUGACCGUGAAAUCGGUGCGGGGUCCAGUAAGAGACACCAUAGAGAUGAGAGUCCCGGAAAGGGUGGCCCGUUCUUCUUGUCGACUUUGCCCCCGACACCGACGAUGCAACCCGAAGCUCCUUCUUGCGCAGUAGAAAUUCCAGAACUCGAAGAAAUACUGCCGCGCACCAGAAGUGCGAGUGUGGUGAGCGAUAGCGGCUCCGAUAUUGACAGGCCACAAGCCCGGAAAACAACUGCCAGUAGCUUGACACAAGUCCUCCAGGAGAACGGCUUGGAGGAGCUCCUGGAGCCACCAGUGGGUCGCAUCCGGUCCAGUGAAACUGCAGGUACGGUUAUGUCAGACUGCGCCGCAAACAGCGCGAUCAUCAAUUGGGCCGACUUGGUCACGCGAGCUUUGCUGGACGCUGAUGUUCCCACGUUUCAUUUGCACACUCGCUGGCAGGAGCAAACCACCAGUGUGAAACCCAAAGAGAUGCGCGAUACAUACGACGGUCCUUGGCUCGGCCUUUUCAAUCUGAGCGUUCGAAGCUCCUCGCUGGACACCUUGCUGAAGACACAGCAGGUCAGCGGCCUUAGUAACCGGAGGCGAAGAUGCAGGAUGCAUCCCAACUCCAACCUGCGAUUGGCCUGGAUUCUGCUCACGAUCUUCGCCUGGGUCUGGGAGUUUUUAACGCUUCCGCUGGAGCUCUCACAGGCGCAAGCCGCGCAAGACUCCGAGCAGAGCGGCCGAAGUCUCUUCAGUUAUAUCUUCAUGGCGAUUUGGACGGUCGACAUCCUGCUGAGCUUUCUUACUGGAGUCUAUGUGGAUGGACGUUUGCACAUGGACUUGAAGACCAUCGCCAAGGAAUAUGCAAAGACAUGGCUGUUUCUAGAUGCAAGUGUGGUGGUGGUCGAGUGGCUGGCUGUUUUCACAGAAGAAAUCGCGGCCAGCACAGUCUCCAUCUUUCGGUCCUUUCGCUUUGUUAGGCUCAUGAAGCUGUUACGUUUCAAGAAGUUGCAUGCAAUCCUCUCUGAGAUUCUCUUCGAACGAGCCAGGGUCCUGUCGGCGAACGUCUCCAUUUUGAAGACCUGCCUGGCGUACUUGGGUGGGCUGCAUGUGAUGGCUUGUUUGUUGCUGUUCAUCCGAACCUCCACCGCGGAGGGUCGGGUAGUCUUUGCCGAAAAAGGCAUCCAUGAGAGGGAUAUGGCGUAUGCAUACUUGAUCUCGGUGCAUUGGGCGCUGGACUUCUUCUUGUGGUCCGAGAUCGAUGUGGCGGACUCGCCCAUGGACUACAUCAUCAGCGCAGUGAUGCGCAUCGCGGGCUUUGUGGGGACCUCGAUUUUCCUGGCGCGGAUCGUGUUCUUGGUGCAGCAGUUUGUGGAUGCCAGGCUCAGCAAUCUCCAGGAUGUGUGCAACAACUUCCUGGAAUCGCAUCGGAUUUCAGCGGAGCUGUCCAUCCGCAUGAAGAAGUUUGUGGUGUCCUGCCAUCAGCAAACCUGGCUGGAGAGCAAGCUGCAAGAAGAACAGCAGCUGCUAGCGAAGAUGCCGGAGAUUCUCCAGUCGGACCUCUAUGAAGAGUCGCGGGGCCCCAACCUGUGCAAAUCCACGUUUUGGAACGAGUUUCAGGACAGAUUCCGCGCGUGUUUCCGCCAUGUCUGUGUGGACGCCGUGAAGGAGGUAGUGGCCCAACGGCACGAUAUGAUCUUCACAGAUGGCUACCAUGCGCAUUCAAUGCUUUGCAUUCUCUCGGGCUCGUUUUUCUACACCCUUGCGAGGAAGCACACCCUGCUGGGGCAGCUCGGGCAACUCCUAGCUCCACCCCAUGUGCGAGCGCGCAAGGUGAAGGUCGAGUCUGGGAAGAUCAUCUGUGAAAUCGCCCUGUGGACCAACUGGAUCCACACGGGCUCCAUGCAGGUCCUGAAAAGCGGUACCUACCUGAAUUUGAACGUGGACACGGCCAGUGACAUCAUUGCGGCCUAUCCUGAAGCACAGCGCACUGCCCAUGCGUACGGAAGAAUGGUGGUGAUUCAGCUUCAUCAUUGCAAGAACGAUUGCACAGAUCUCACACCCCUAGAGAUUGACUUCAAGUCCUUACGGAAGGUCACGGUGAAGUUCAUGACCGAGGGCCAUUGCAUCUUCCUGACCCAUUUCAAGAAGGAAGCGGGCACCGAAGCUGCGUUGAUGCAGGAGGCUUUAACGAAUAAGAUCCAAUCGGAUCCUCAAAACGUGGCUCACUACUUGGAGCAUCCGGUCUUUUUGGACACAGAAAACCUGGAAGACUUGGCCAAGUUGAGGGACCAUAUCCUGGCCAGUCGCAACCUGGUGGUCUUGCUCACGCCUGGCGUCUUCGAGCGGCCUUGGUGUUUGGUGGAAAUUGUCACGGCCUUUAAACAGAACAGGAACAUUGUUUUGGUGGAGAUUCAAAAGCCUGAUAUGAAGUUCGAAUAUCCGGAUGAGGAGUUCAUUUGCGACCUGUGCGAUGGAAGGCUGUUCAGCGAAACGGACAUGCAGGUCUUUUCCUUAGAACAGAUCGAAAUGGUGGACAUCGAGGUGGCACUUCGGCAUGUUCUGACAAAGAUCGCGUUGCCAUUUUCACCGCACAAAGCCAGCUCUAUCCGGGAUGUGGAGAUCAAGGCGAUCUUGCAACGAUGCGUGAUGUAAAGUCGUGCCAGCGCAGACCCACCGCAGCUGUGUGAUAGUGGGGUCAGUGGUGCCAGAUGCUGAAGAAAAAUGACAAAUGG